GCCUUGCCUUUGGAGCGGGACCGGGCGCGGCGGCCAUGGCGCUGCGGGGCGGCGGGCGCUGGGCGCGCCUGGGCUCGGCCCUGCGCGGCCGCAGCUCGGGGCCAAGGGACGGCGGUGACACCCCGCAGCACCGCGACCUGCGGGCGGCCCUCAGAAAGAUUAUCGAUAAGGAGAUUAAUCCCUUUGUGGACAAGUGGGAAGAAGAAGGACAGUUCCCAGCACAUAAAGUGUUUAAAACCCUGGGACAGGCUGGAUUCCUUGGUGUGGAUAAGCCAACAGAAUAUGGUGGCAUGGGCUUGGACUUCUCCUAUAAUAUUGCAGUGGCAGAAGAACUGGGAAAUAUCCGCUGUGGAGGUAUUCCUAUGGCUAUUGGAGUGCAAGCUGGCAUGGCUACUCCUGCUCUUACAAGGUUUGGUUCUGAUGAGUUGAAAAAACAGUUCCUUGCACCAACUAUAGCUGGUGAUUUUGUGGCUUGCUUGGGAAUCAGUGAACCUGGAGCUGGAUCUGAUGUUGCAAAUAUCAAGACAACAGCUGUGAGAAAAGGUGAUGAAUAUGUCAUAAAUGGCGGUAAGAUGUGGAUUACGUCUGGGAGCCAAGCAGACUGGAUGUGCCUGCUGGCAAACACCAGUGAAGGACCUCCCCAUCGAAAUAAAUCUCUCAUAUGUCUGCCAAUGAAUCUACCUGGCAUUCAUGUUGCUAAAAAGAUAGACAAACUGGGCAUGAGAUCAUCGGAUACAGCUCAGAUCUUUUUUGAAGAUGUAAAGGUCCCCAGCAAAAACCUCAUUGGUGAGGAAGGAAAGGGUUUUACAUAUCAGAUGUUGCAAUUCCAAGAAGAGCGGCUGUGGGGAGUAGCCACUGUCCUGACACCACUGGAAACUAUAAUACAAGAAACUAUUGACUACACCCGCCAGCGGAAGGUGUUUGACCAGUCUGUCCUGCACAACCAAACCGUGCACUUCCGCCUGGCCGAGCUGGCAACCGAAGUGGAGCUCCUUCGCUCGCUGCUGCACCGUGCUGUUGCUCUGUAUGUAGAAGGAAAUGACGUGACAAAAUACGCUUCCAUGGCUAAGCUAAAGGCAGGACGUCUGGCCCGUGAAGUGACUGACAGCUGUCUCCAGUUUUGGGGAGGAAUGGGAUUCACCAGUGAAGUUCUGGUGAGCAGGUUUUACAGAGACUUGAGAUUGAUGUCAAUAGGAGGUGGGACAGAUGAAACCAUGCUUUCCAUCAUAUGCAAAUACAUGGAAAUACUUCCAAGCAAGUGAAACAGCUCCACUCUUUCUGGAAAAUUAGGACAGCAAGAGCAUGGCUUGUGCUGCACACUGAAGGUAAACAGCCAGUACAUUUUGAGUAGAAAACUUAAUGGUAAUUUUGUCAUCAAAAUGCACAUCCAGGUCUUUCAGCAUUACCAUUCUAUGUGUUCUCCAGUGUCAAAAUUCUGUUGAUAUAGAGCAGCCUGAGAGAAUGUAGCCUCCUGCAAGGUAUUUUUCCAUUUUUUCAGUAGGUUACUGAACUUUUUCAAGGAUCCAUGCUAAGCACACAGAAAAAAUGUGUUCUUUAAUCAAGCUUUAUCUACAUUUUAGAGCAUCUAUGCCACCAAUUAAGAAACAGAACUUCUAUAUGGAUACGGCUACAAUUUCAUUAGUAGUUUAAUCUAAUUUCAGCGUAGCUUUGCUUUUAAGACCCAUAAUUAAGGCACAAAUGAUUCUGUGCCAUGUCCAAAUACUAGAACAGUGCCUUUGCUCUCAAUUACAGGUACCUUCCCUAUCUUUCACUUUUAGCAAGCAAUCAUGACAAUGAGCUGUGUCAUCUUUGCCAAGUUCACAUCAACUCUGUCCUGGAUGUUUGGUGAUGAGAGUAGUGGUUGAUUUUUAUUUGCAGAAUUCCAUAAACAACUCUUUAAUUGUAUCUGAAGAUUUUGGAGGCCUGAACUUCAGCAGCAAAGUACCAUGUUUUGUGCGUAAUUAUUAAAGACAAAUAUUAAACGUGUUAAUAUGAAAA